CCACUUCCUGGGUAAUUUUCCUCAUGACAUGGACUCCAAGUUUGUCCUCUGCUCUCUCUGCUUCACAUGAUAAAACUUAAAGUAUUAUUUAAACAUCAAUUCUCUAAAUCUCAUACGUGGUAUAAUGUUGUAUAUUUAUAAACUCUCUCAUGAUAUUUUUCUAAUAAAAAUGUUGGUCAUGUAUAUCUUGAUAUCUUGAUUUAUUAACUGUGAAUAUUGUAAUAAGUUAUUAUUUAAGCAGUGUCAUUUAUCGAUAAAGUUAACUAAAAAUGUUGUCAGAAGUCGAUGUAUUUAUAAGUAAUUAUACUCUUGUUGAUCCUGAAAUUUAUCAACUAUGGGUGGAUGGAUAUUCCUCUAGUGAUGCAGUUGCUCUUUUACAUCAACGAGGUGUAUGUCAUCAUACGAAUGCUCCAAUUGAAUUAAUAGCAUCUGAUGUAUUGGAUCAUUAUCGUACUUAUUCAUUAUUGGAGCGACUUUUACAUACUCCAACCAAAUUAGCCAGUGAACAAUUGGCAUUUCAAAUAGAACCACAAACUAGUCAAAUGCUAAUAGAAAUGUAUUACGAAUUCGAUGACUGUGUUAUACGUGAAUUGUUAGGAAAAAAAUUAACUUCUAAAAGCAGAAAAGAUAUGGAUGAGGUUGCUGAGAAAACCGGAAUCACAUUGAAAAGUUGUCGAAGACAAUAUGAUAAUGUUAAACGAGUAUUCAAAAUUGUAGAGGAUUUACCAGGUUCUUUAGUAACCAACAUUAAACAACAUUUUUUAUUGCCCGAAGAAUUGGCCAAAAGAUACGCCGCAGUAGUUUUUAUAGCAUGUCUAAGAUUCGAAAUGAACAAAAGAAAAUUACAAUUUCUAACUUUUCCAGAUCUGUAUCACUGUGCUAAUUCUAUUAUGUCUUUAUGGACCUAUCGUUAUGUUGGAUCAGAGUAUUUUGAUACAGAUCUAGAUAGAGAGUUCCUCGUUGAAUUAUCAGAAUGUCGAGUAUUAUUAGAAAAUGACAAACAUCAUAAGCAUUUGGUGUGCAUGAAAUUAAAGCCAGCACUAUUAGAUAGAAUGUAUCAAGAGUUGGAUUUAAAUUUUCGUUCCUACUCUAGAGCUCUGUUAGGAAUUGGUUGUAAUUUGCAUCGUUCUAGAGAACUUCGUUUCUUUUUUUUGGAAUUAGUAGAACGAUGUGUAGAACCUUGGCGUCAAGUAAACUGGUCACACACAGAUUUGAAAAAUUUCUUAAACGCUUACACUCAAUGUGCUCUUGAUAUGGAUGUACUAAGAGAGGCCACUCUUAGAGAUGCAUUUGAUCGUUAUAUGAAAGUUGUUACGAGUUGUCUAUUACGAAUGUAUCAUACGUGAUCGUUAAUUAUUAUUUGUAAUCAAGAAAAUGAAAAUUAAUAAAUCAUAUAUUACAA